AUGCUUAAUACGUGGUUAUUGAAAGAUAAAACAAGUAGAAGUCAAAUAUGGAAGUUUCUUCAACUGAUCAGGCCUCAACUUCCGGAAUUAGAUAUAAAUAUAUCUUCUUUGAAAAUUGGCGAUCACUUGUUAUUCUUCAAUUCUCUACAAACAACACGAUUAGAUAGAGAUGGUUACUUUACACAUCAAACACCCUCCUCCCUUCUGAAUAGAUCUGAAUUACUAUAUACGAGGAGGUUAUGGGUUCAAGGUCAUAUAACAAACCAUAAUUCGUCAAUUCCUUUAGAUAUUGACGGACAGUGCAUAGAAACGAUAAAGUUCGUUAAAAAGAAGAAUAAGGACACUUUUGUUUGUAUAAACAGGAAUAUCUUAAUGCCUUCCGUAAGCAAUAAACCAUUCAUUACUGAGUUAAGAACGCUACUAUAUACUAAUACGGAGCCAUCGGAUGGCAAAACCCGUCUUAUAUCCUCCAAUACCCCAUCCUCGAGUAAGAAAAUAGGUACCUUUAGGUUUAAACGAGAAGAUAUCAUUAGUUAUAGUUACUUAACCUCUAACCCUCAUAGAAUCCAUUUGGACAGUCAAUAUUCUCAAGAGAUAGAAGGUUAUAAAGAUAUCAUUGUUCAAGGUCCGUUUUCACUUCAGGUUAUGUUGAAGUUUGCAGAUGUAUAUUUUAAGGGUACAGCCACUUCAAUAAGAAACGUUAAAUAUAAACAUAGCUCACCGAUCUAUCCAGAGACUAAAGUUGAUAUACUACUCUUGGACAAUGCAGAGGGCAAGUAUAAGUUAUGGAUGGUACCUGUGGAUUCUCUAGAUAAAACCUAUCUUUCAGCUGAGAUCGAGGUCAUCACCAAUACUAGUGGACCACUGUUAUUAUAA